UUGUGAUAUUAGAAUACUAAUUAAACAGCUGAACUUUGAAUCGUUAAUAGAUCGAUGCUAAAGAUAAUAGAUGGUAGUACGAUUCAGAGGUUAUUAAUAUAUUCACAUAGUAUAUAUAGUGUAAUAAGUGUACCAACUUUCAAAGAUUUCUGAAAGAAAUUCUACCUUCAAGUUGUACUAUACAAAGCAGAGAACAAGAUGUCCACAAAGAAGCUACUACCUUCCCUGGAGACGCUACUAUUGUUGACAGAGACGAUAUUGUGUGCAUCUGUAGGAACUUCAGACGCCGGCCCUUUGUUUUAUCCCCGAGACACAUGUUCUUCCGUAAAUGUGCAACAAUGCUUCCAGGAUUUUUCAAACGGAUUGAACAAUGGGGCGAACUGUGAUCUUAUGAGAGGUUUGGUCCAAUGCGCAUCCCAAUACCCAGAAUGCACAUCUGACUAUAUCACAAAGGGUCGUGUAAUUGUGUUCAUGGCCGGACGAUUGAGGAAAGCAGGUGCAUGUAGUAGCCAGGAUAUCGGACUGACUGGACUUUCACCACUUGUAGUUGGAACUAACGUUGGUAAUGCUAUUGGACUGAGCGAUGGAUCAUCAGCGGAAAGCAGCUGUGUGGCAAGUGUAGAUACAGAAUGCAUGAAUAUAUUCCAUCAGUCAUUGAGCUCCUUGGGCUUAUGUAGCGCACUAGAUGGAUUGACAAGCUGUAUCCAGGGCAAGCAAAGCGUAUGUUCCUCACCAUUGAUCGGAGAGAUGUCAAACGCAAUGGCCCAUCAAUCCAUAUUAGCCUAUCUCCAGUCUUCGGGAAUAUGUUCACAGUGAUGUUGAAUUUUGAGGACAGUCAUGAAUAAUUGGUACAGCAUUACCGAGGAAAGAAUCCGGGAAAACCAAUAUGGGCAUCCCUUAUGUAUUAUACUGGACUUUACAAUCAAUUUAGCAUCACCGACUAACUACAGAGACAUAAACGAAACGUCUGAUUUCCUAUUUGUUUUAUGGUUUCAAAAUUUGGACCACAAUAAAAUUAUUGCAG